UGUAAAUUUUUUCUUCCUUUUAUUUUCCUGUUCUAUCAUGGUUCCUGCCUCUGAAGAGCAACAAGCACCUGUUGGCGACCUUCAAUGUCAAAAAGAUACUUUUUUGCAGCAUUACUCAACCGUAUGCCUUUGGUGCUCUGCCGCACCUGACAAAAAGGGCUUUUAUCAAGUCAAACUCCAGGACACCAUUUUAUUCCCUGAAGGUGGAGGGCAGCCUUCAGACACAGGCUAUAUAGAUAAUAUCAAGGUGCAUCAUGUCUUAAGAGAGGGUUUAUCACAUAUUCACUUUACAAAGGACCCGGUACCUGUAGGUCCUGUGGAGCUCAAACUCGAUUGGGAUCGUCGAUGGGAUCAUGUACAGCAACAUAGCGGUCAGCACUUACUGAGUGCUGUUCUGGAACAGCCCCCUUAUAACAUUGAAACCAUCUCUUGGAAUCUUGGUGAAAAACGCAGCUAUAUUGAGCUUCCUACAAGUAAAGUGAAGGUGGACAUUUCAAAGCCUUUUCUAAGCGACGUUGAGUCCGUCGUCAACAGACUUAUCUUAAAGAAUAUCCCUGUUCUUACACAUUCAGAAAAGCAUGUGGAUACCAACCGACCUGAUAGCUUGCCGAGUGACUAUACAGGGGGUGGGCAUAUCCGUACCAUUGAAAUUGAAGGUUUGGACAGAAAUCCUUGUUGCGGUACACACGUAUCAAGCCUUGGGCAGCUUCAAUGUCUAAAGUUACUACACACAGAAAAAGUAAGAGGAGGGAAUACACGCUUAUUUUUCUUGGUUGGACAGCGUGUUCUUGAUACACUGGACGCAAGUUAUACCAUCACUAGGCAGUUAACGAGCUUAUUGUCGGGUCCCCAAGAACAGUUUGUUGAAAAUAUUGAAAGGCUACAACAACAAUCGAAAAACCAGAUGAAGCGUUCGAAGAGGCUGCUGGAACAAUUAGCAGCUUAUACUGUAGACGAUGUCGGAAGAGUAUUAAAGGAGCAAAAGGUCAUGGUGGUUUAUAGAGAGCUUGCUGAUAUGGAAUUUUUAUCUAUGGUAGCGCAUGGUAUAAAGGAUCGAGCCUUACUCGCCGAAGGCGAGAAAGUACUUGUUUUGGCAGCUGGCGAAGAAACGGCCGGUGGGCCUAUCAUUGUUCAAGGAACCAAUGAUGCGAUCGUACAAAAGGCGAGCCAGAUUCUAAUGAAAACAUUGCCAAAUGUGAAAGGUGGUGGAAAAGGAAGAUGGCAAGGAAAGGCACAAAGUUGGCAAGGUAUUGAUGGAUUGGAAAAAGUAUUAAAAGACGAGUUGUAAUAGCAAACCGAAAAAAAAAGCAGAACCCACCUACGUAAUGUACACUGAGUGCUUUGCUAAAAACAAACCCACUCCUUUGACAUAACUGUUUGCCUUUGUGUCUUUUAUGAAUUUGUAUCGAUUUCAAUAAACCACAGAUCUUUGCUUAUUAUUAUUUCUACUCUUUUCGAGGCACAUGUUUUGACAAGUAGUCUUAGCGAGAUCUAAUCUGAGUGUUAGGAUAGAUAAACACUUUGUUCGAUUGAUUUACGCCAAUCUUGACAUUAUGCAGUAG